AUGGGAUCACCAAUACCCCCUAUCGUAGCAGAUAUAUUUAUGGAUAGCUGGGAAAAUAUGGCACUUAAUACGUUUAAUCCUACUCCAAAAAUAUGGUGGAGAUAUGUGGAUGACACUUUCACAGUGUUAAAAACAGAACAUAUCUCUAGCUUCUUGACACAUAUUAACUCACUAGUAGAGGGGAUAAAAUUCACAUUUGAAUCGGAAGAUGAACAAGGAGAGUUGGCUAUGCUAGAUUGUAAAAUAAAACGAAUAGAAGAAGGUAAACUUCACACUAGUGUGUAUAGAAAACCAACGCAUUCUAAUAGAUAUUUAGACUUUAAUUCAUCUCAUCCUUUAACUGUUAAGGCAGGCUUAGUUAAGUGUUUAACAAACCGAGCAAUGGCACUAAGUAGCACAAGAAAAGACCUAAAUGAUGAAAUAAAACAGAUAGAAGAGGCGUUGGUUCUAAAUAACUAUCCUCUAAAAUUCAUUAGGAAGAUUGAAAAACGCCAAAAGAAAAAUAAAAAGAAUUGUGAAACUGGUAAUAAUAACAUAAAUAAGAGAGAAUAUAAGUCAUCUACAGUUAUACCAUAUAAAGAGGGGACAUCUGAGACCCUAC